AGAUUUAGUUAUCUGUUGCGUGCAGCAUAGUUGUCCCAUGUUCUAUGAGAUUUCCUAUUAACAUGGAACAACUAUGCUGCACACGGCUGUUAUUUAGCAAGAAUCGACACAAAUUAUUACUGAAUUCUGGGUUGUUGAAUUCUCGGUAAUUGGUUUACUUAGGUCGGCAGCUUAAUUUAAACACGAAAAAGCUGAACUCAAUAUUGGGAGAUUCCAGAAGUGAUCAACGAUCUGAUUCCUACUAGUUAAGACGAGGCAUGAAUUCUAACAGUGCAAACAUGAGCAUCUGUCGCACGUGUGCCGACCAGGACAGUGUCCAUCUGGUCCCGAUUUUCUCCAAACUUGAUGGAAAAUUCAUCGCAAAUGUUAUCGUAAACUGCAGUGAUAUUACGAUCAAUGAAGACGACGGACUUCCGUCGUACGUUUGUGCAGCCUGCAUGGUCAAAGUUGAGCAAAUUCUCUCCUUCGCUCGGCAAGUCCGUGAGUCAGAUCGGAAGCUGCGGCUACAAUUCAAGCCGGAAACAUCAAAAGAGGGGACGGAAAAUGAGCACUUCAUUAUAAUUCCUAUGGAAGUUGAGGUGAAGCUGGAAGUCGAAGAUGAAUUGAAUGUAGAUCAAGGCGGAAAUGAAACAAACAGUUUGGAAGAUAAGCAAGAUUCGGAUGAGUUUGAUGACGAUGCGGACAGUGAUUGGAAGGGCGAUGGCAAGUCAUCAGGUGAAGAACUUGAGGAAGAAGAGGUAACACAACCAACACGACGCACCAGACGGAGGACAGUCGCCGCUGCAAGCCUAGAUUCAGAACAAGAAGUAAAGCCGAAGAGGACUAAACAACGAACUAGAAGGAAAACUCGCGACGAAGAGAAGUCGACUGACCUCGAAGGAAAACCGAAGCAAAAAAGAGAUCGGAAAUUACUUAGAGUUAGCAAAGCAAAUGAUGGAGAUGACGAUGAUGGCAGUUCCGAUUUGAAUGAAGUCGAACAUUCCGCUAUAAGCUUAGAUGCCGAAGAAGAGAAGUCGAAGAGCAUUAGACAACGAACUCGAAUGAAAACUAGCGACGAAGAGAAGUCAACUGACAUCGAAGAAGAUCCAUCAGAACCGAAGCAAAAGAGUGGUCGGAAGUCGCUCAAAGUUCACGAAGAAGAUGAUGGGGAUGACGAUGGCAACUCCGAUCUGGAUGAAGUCGAACGGGAAAUGUUCACUCUAGUUCAUCCUGAAGAAGGUAGAGUGUUUUGCUGUCUGUGCUUCAAAGACUUUGCGUCUCGAGCUGAUCUGUUAGACCACGGAAUGAAGAAACACUCGAAUAAAGUUCGGAAAGUUAACUACUCCAAGAAGUUCGUUUGUGAUGUUUGUUACUGUAGGUACAUGACAAAAGAUUCCUUAGACGAACACUACUCUAUGUCGGCUAUGCUACACACGAAGAAGAUCUACGAAUGCUCGCGUUGCAAGCAUCGAUUUGCGACGGUGAAGAGAAGGCGUUCACACGCCCACAACCAUCCCAAGUAUCAAGGAGCGUUGGAUCCAGACAUUGAAGAACCGAAAGAGCGACCUGUAACGUGUUGUAUGAAGACUUGCAGUAAGACGUACCCAACGACAGAGGAACUGCUGGAACAUGGCCAGAACCAACACAUACGCAACAAAGCGCUGGUUACUAGCCCUUCGAAGCCCCACGAAUGUCCGGUGUGUUUCAAAACGUUUGAGAGAUCGGAGUCCUUGAAACGGCAUCGCAACCGGAUUUUCAUGACGUGCGUUCAGUGUUCGAUGUGUGGCAAGCAGUUCAAGAAUAGAAAUGCCUUGUACAACCACGAGCGGUUUCACAGUAACGAUAAGACAAAUGCGUGUGAAAUUUGUGGCAAACGGUUCAAGAUGAUUACCCAGCUGAGGAACCAUUACGCGGUGCACCAGGACGAGAAACCGUUUGUUUGCAAAGAGUGCGGAUUCAGUACCAAGCGGAGCAGUACCCUCAAGCACCAUAUGCUGCAGCAUACGGACGUGCACCCGUGGAAGUGCGAAGUGUGCGGGAAGUGUUUUAAGAUCAAUGAAGAUGAUGGUUUACCAUCGUACGUUUGCACAAAUUGUACGACCACGGUCAAGCAGAUUCUUUCCUUUGCCAAUUUAGUCCGUGAAGCAGAUCGAAAACUUCGGCUACUCUUCAAACCGGAGGAAAUUUUGGUGGAAAAUGUAAACAAAGUGGGAACGAACCAUGAGGAAAGUAAUUUUGUCCCGGUUCCUCUGGACGUAGAUGUCAAGCUAGAAGUCGAAGAUGAUGAUGAGCUGGAGCGGAAAUUGCAUACGAAGGAAACCAAUGCGCUUGGAAGCGAACAAGAGUCCGAUGAUUUUGAAGAUGAUAACGACAGCGAUUGGAAGGGCGAUGAUAAGUAUUCGGAUGAAGAAUUUCACGAAAAGUUGGUGAAAACAGCACAUCGAGGCAGACGGAAAACAGUUGUGGAAUCUGAUGAUGAAAAACCGAAGAGGACGAGACGAAGUACCAGACAGAAAGUUUACGACGAAGUAACUGAAGACAUCAACGAUGAGAAAUCAUUACACCUCAAACGAGGAAAGAGACGAAAGUCACUGAAAGAUAGCGACGUAGAUGAAGAAAACGAAGGACUCAACUCCGACUUAGAUGAAGUUGAAAGAGAAGUUUACACUCUCGUACAAGCUGAACCCGGCAGACACUUUUGUUGUCUGUGCUAUAAGGAUUUCUCAUGCCGAAGUGAAUUGGUGGAACACGGUAAUCAGAAGCAUUCAAAGAAAACUCGAAAGGUUAACUUGUCGAAAAAAUUUGCUUGCGAUGUUUGUUACUGCAGGUAUGUAACAAAAGAAGCUUUGCAAGAGCACAAAGCUAUCUCAGAUAAACUGCACACGAAGAAAAUCUACGAGUGUUCACGGUGUUCGAACCGGUUUGCGACAGUCAAAAGAAGACGAAUGCAUGCUCACAAUCAUCCCAAGUACAAUGAAGCUCCGGAUCCGGAUCUGGAAGAGCAGAAAGAACGGCCAGUAACGUGUUGCAUGAAGACCUGUAACAAGAUGUUUCCCACGAAAGAGGACCUAUUGGAGCACAGCAAGGAACACUUGAGUAACAAAGCGACGGUGAAGAAUCCGGCAAGGCCGCACGAGUGCCCCGUUUGCUUUAAGACGUUCGAGAAGCUGCAGUCGUUGAAGCGUCAUCGGUACCGGAUUUUCAUGUCGUCGAUGCAGUGUUCGAUCUGCGGCAAACAGUUCAAGAAUCGGAAUGCCUUGUACACUCACGAGCGCAAGCACAGCGGAGAUAAAGCACAUGCGUGUGAGAUCUGUGGCAAGCGGUUCAUGCUGGCCACUCAGCUCAAGAAUCACUAUGCGGUGCAUAACGAUGAGAAACCUUUUGUUUGUAAGGAAUGUGGUUGGAGUUUCAAGAGAAGUUGCAAUCUGAAGCAUCAUAUGCUGCAGCAUACGGAUACGCUGCCAUGGAAGUGCGAGGUUUGCGGGAAGUGUUUUAAGGGUAAAUACCAUCUUCAGUAUCAUAUGCGAAUUCAUACGGGACACAAGCCUUGGAAAUGCCGUUACUGUGAGAAAUCGUUCGCCGAUCAUGCCAACAGAGCAAGGCAUGAAACAUCACAUACUGGUAUAAAACCCUACAAAUGCACAUACUGUGACAAGACCUUCAUCCGACGGAGGUUUCAAAUCGAGCAUGAAAGCACGCAUACAGGAAUCAAACCGUACCGCUGCGAGCGAUGUAAUCUCACUUUCGGUCAAAAAUCGGCUCUCAAGAAGCAUCUGGACAUACAUCCGCUUGCGCCGGAGAAUCAACUAUCGCUGGCACAACCUUCGCCGAUGCCAUCCACAGUGGUUGACGAUUCGCCAGAGCCGUCUCCGCAAUCUCCCGCUUCGACGACAGCCAUUCCGAGCUCUUCCAGUAUGGGGCCACCUCCGGCUCCGUCUGGCGGAGUACAACCUUUCCAACAACAGUUGUAGGUAGGUACAUUUUGAUGACGUUCAUUGAAUGAAUACAAGACAAUGUAAAACUAAAA